AAUGCAAGAAUUGAGCAAUGCUAUUAUUGAAUUUUUCGAUUUAGUAAUUGAGAAAUAUAUUACAAAUUUUGCUAAUCCAAAGAGAGAAUGGAAUUAUUUCAAAUCUCUAUUAUCUUCAUAUAGCAUUGAUUUAAAUAGAAUACAAAGUUACCUCAAAGUAUUAAAAAAUAGUGCUGAUUAAUAAAAACCAACUUUAAGGAUAGAUCCAAUUAAGAUGGAUAAUUAUAUGACAUAUGUUUCACCAUUAAGAGAUCAUAAUAGACCUUUUGAAUAAUAAUUUAAUCAUAAAUUUGAAAAUGUUACAUUUAACUAAUAUUUGAGUCAGCCUAGAUUAGAACACAAUCCAAUAGAUUCUUGUGUUCUCUUUAAGAAAAUAACUGCUAAAAUUGUUAAUUUGAUGGAUUCUAAUAAUAUAUAAAUGGCAUUAACAAAGGAAUUACAAAGACCUAUAGAACGUAAAUUAACAGAUAUUGAAAGAUACAAAUAUAACCAACAAUAAUCUUUUUGA